UGCAUUUAUUUUAAGAUAUAGAUACGUUAAGUCAUUAACAAGGACGAAGAAAUUAAGCAUAUCACUAAAAAAGGUACAAAUUCAGUAGACAGAAGCAAUAUAUUUACUUCGACUUAACAAUUAUUUUAAAAUCGUCUUAUCAGUAAGAUAAACCAAAAAAGAGUAUUUUAAAUGCCCGGAAAGAAAUAAAUAAUCAGGAAAUUCCUCGACUUCAUUGCAUUUUUCCUUUACGAGCCACUGUAGACGGUUUAGAAAUAACGAAAGUGGAAAGAGAGGACAGUUUCGAAGAUGGGGAAGUUAAUAUGUACAUUUCUAUUCUUAAUUAUUUCAACGAAUCUCGUAUUGGGUCGUUAUACGACAUAUCAAGACAAUUUUGCGUUGAACUCGGCUGUAAAUGAAGAUCCGAAUAGUGAUCCGCAUAAUGGAAAUGUAUUGGACGGCAAUCAUAAUUCAAAUAUUGAUGAUAGCAAAUUAGAUGAUAGCAAAGUAAAAAAAGUUGAUGAAUCUAAGGAAAAUGAUGAAGACGCAAAAAAGAAUAUUAUACAUUUUCCUAAUGAUAAGGGCGGAGUAUCAGGAGAGAAAAAUAAUGGAAACUCCAAGGAAGGCUCUAUAUUUCAUGACAUUUUAGGCAAUAAAUUACAAAACUCCAAAGAAGACAAUACCGAAUCAGAUAAUUUAAAAGAAUUGGAAAAUGAUAACUCCAAGAAAGAUUCUAUAUCACAUGGUCUGUUACAUCACAUAUUUGGUCACUCCAAGACAGACUCUUCAUCACAUGGUCUGUUAGACCACAUAUUUGAUCACUCCAAAACAGACUCUCCAUCACAUGGUCUGUUAGACCACAUAUUUGGUCACUCCAAGGAAAGCAAUACAGAAUCAGAUAAUUCAAAAAAAUCAGGAAAUGGUAACUCCAAGGAAGGCAGCUCAGAAGAUAACAAUAAUUCCAAAAACAACGAUAGUUCAGAGAACAGCAAUGAAUCUAAACACAAAGGCAGUUCUGAAAAGAAUAAUGAUUCUAAACACAAAGACAAUUCAGAAAACAAUAAUGGGUCUAAACAAAAAGGCAGUUCAGGAAAAAUCAUUGGUUCUAAACAAAAAAGUAAUUCAGGAAACAGCAAUGAAUCUAAAGAUAACAACAGUUCAGAAAACAGCAAUAACUCUAAAGACAACAACAGUUCAGAAAGCAGUAAUGAAUCUAAAGACAAUGAGAGUUCAGAAAACAGCCAUGACUCUAAACACAAAGGCAGUUCAGCAAACAAUAAUGGCUCUAAACAGAAAGGCAAUUCAGGAAAAAGCCAUAGCUCUAAACAGAAAAGUAAUUUAAGAAACAGCAAUGACUCUAAACAAAAAGAUAGUUCAGAAGACAGCAAUGAAUCUAAAGACAAUGAGAGUUCACAGAACAGCAAUGAAUCUAAACACAAAGGCAGUUCUGAAAAGAAUAAUGAUUCUAAACACAAAGACAAUUCAGAAAACAAUAAUGGGUCUAAACAAAAAGGCAGUUCAGGAAAAAUCAUUGGUUCUAAACAAAAAAGUAAUUCAGGAAACAGCAAUGAAUCUAAAGAUAACAACAGUUCAGAAAACAGCAAUAAUUCUAAAGACAACAGUUCAGAAGGCAGUAAUGAAUCUAAAGAUAAUGAGAGUUCAGAAAACAGCCAUGACUCUAAACACAAAGGCAGUUCAGCAAACAAUAAUGGUUCUAAACAGAAAGGCAAUUCAGGAAAGAGCCAUAGCUCUAAACGAAAAGGUAAUUCAGGAAAUAGCAAUGACUCUAAAGAUAAUAACAGUUCAGAAGACAACAAUAACUCUAAAGACAACAGUUCAGAAGGCAGUAAUGAAUCUAAAAACAAUGAGAGUUCAGAAAACAGCCAUGACUCUAAACACAAAGGCAGUUCAGCAAACAAUAAUGGCUCUAAACAGAAAGGCAAUUCAGGAAAGAGCCAUAGCUCUAAACAAAAAGGUAAUUCAGGAAAUAGCAAUGACUCUAAAGAUAAUAACAGUUCAGAAGACAACAAUAACUCUAAAGACAACAGUUCAGAAGGCAGUAAUGAAUCUAAAAACAAUGAGAGUUCAGAAAACAGCCAUGACUCUAAACACAAAGGCAGUUCAGCAAACAAUAAUGGCUCUAAACAGAAAGGCAAUUCAGGAAAGAGCCAUAGCUCUAAACAAAAAGGUAAUUCAGGAAAUAGCAAUGACUCUAAAGAUAAUAACAGUUCAGAAGACAGCAAUAACUCUAAAGACAACAACAGUUCAGAAGGCAGUAAUGAAUCUAAAAACAAUGAGAGUUCAGAUAACAGCCAUGACUCUAAACACAAAGGCAGUUCAGCAAACAAUAAUGGCUCUAAACAGAAAGGCAAUUCAGAAAAGAGCCAUAGCUCUAAACAGAAAGGUAAUUUAAGAAACAGCAAUGACUCUAAAGAUAACAACAGUUCAGAAGACAGCAAUGAAUCUGAAAACAAUGACUCUGAACACAAAGGUAGUUCAGCAAACAACAAUGGCUCUAAACAGAAAGGUAGUUCAGGAAAGAGCAAUGGCUCUAAACGAAAAGAUAGUUCAGAAAACAUCAAUGAUUCUAAAGACAACAACAAUUCAGAAGACAGCAAUGAAUCUAAAGACAAUGACAAUUCAGAAAACAGCAAUGAAUUUAAACACAAAUGCGGAUCAAGAAAUAGCAAUGACUAUAGAAACCACGACAGUUCAGAAGAUGAUAAAAAUUCUAAGAACCACGGUAGUUCUUCCAAACACACCAAUAAAAAACAUAAAAGAAGUGAAGAUAGUAACAAAUCGGGAUCAUCUGAUAAUUCCAGCAGUCAUAACAAUAAUGAUGGGGUUAGCUUAACGGAAACAGGACAAAAUGAAUCUCUGCUUACAUUUGUAGAGAAUCUCUUGUCCACCAUAUUAAAGUUUGUAUAUAAUCUACUGUCCUUCAUACUAAGUCCUAUAACUGGCUUGGUCACAUCGAUUUUUAAUUUCCUAAUUCGUAUACCAAUUCUAGGAAGCUUACUUAAAGGAAUUAUUUCUCUUGUAGAAGACAUACUCUCUCUACCUGAAUCCUUAUUAGAAACUAUAUUCAAUCUUAUUGGACAUAUAAUUCAUUUCAUUUUUAAUUUGUUAUCAAGCAUUUUGAAGCAAGUUUUAAACAUACCCGGAGACUUAAUAUCAUUGCUUUGACAUUUAAUACUUUGUUUCUAAUUAAUAAUCGACAACGUGUAAUGUCUUAUAUCUAAAUAUUAUAUAAAUAUUAUAUAUAAAAACAUUAACCAAAAUUAUGCAACGAAAUAUAAUGAAUGAAUAAAUUAUUUGUAUUAAUA